CGUUCUAUUAAAUGUGCGUCUGUGUACAAGUUAAUUUUUCGUCCUGAUAGACAUGUGGUCACUAUGUGUUGUUUAUUUUUUAAUAAGCUCUUGUUUAGCAGAUACCUCUUCGUUAUACUUUUUCUGUGCGGAUAUGAAUCAUCAAAUAUUUGUAAACAUUGAACAGCUAAUGGGAAUGUGGUAUGGAAUCGAAAUAAUAAACCACAAUUCAGAACAACAUUAUGUCCGCAUGGGCAAUUCUUGUCCCAUUUUACACAUAUCAGAAGAUAAAGACUACCCUAUAACUACUUAUAACCCCUUAUACAAAAAUUACAACUAUGGUUACAAUUAUGGCGAAAGAAGAGUACCUACCGACAGACCGACCCAGCAUGAAUAUGAUCAAUAUGGAAGACCUAUCCAAAACCCUUAUGACAGAAACUACUACAACAGACGAUUUAGCACUACUAAAAAUCCCAAUAGAAGAGAACGUCAAUAUGACAUGAAACGAAUCAGAAUUUGGUGGGACGAAAACGGAGCCGGAACUGAAUAUCACUUAAGGUAUAAUACAAGCAGACCAGGAUUUUGGAUUAGUUCAGGACCACAAAAUGGGUCAGAACUGGAGCCCCAAUAUAGUGAUUUUGCCGGAACCGUACAGGUUAUAAAAGCAGUUGGAAAUCAUUUGGUACUGACUUUUUGUCAUCGACUUCCUGAGAAACAGUUAUUUACUGUCCUUUUAAGUAGGGAUAACAAACUAGGGCAGCCUGAGAUACACAGCGUGCAUAAUUUAUUGAACAGGAGGGGUUUAAGUGCCAAUGCGGUUAAAAAGGUGUGUUGGAACGGUGGUGAAAAUAUUAAAACUCCCUUAGCAACUACUCUUUUAGUUUCUGUUCUUAGUUUGUUGUUACUUCGUUUUUAAUAUACCAGUAGACACGAUUUAAAGUCCACAAUGUUUUUCCGUUAAAGUAAAGUUACGCCAAGAAAAAUGUAGGUUAGUUAAGUUUUGUUGAGGCUUGUUCGUAAUACCUCAUUUACAUCAUGACUAAUAAUUAGACUUAGUUGUUGAUCAUUUUAAAUUACUUCCUACACAGUUGUUACUUAUUUCUCCACGUAUUCUUAUUGUACAAAUGUAAAAUAAUUAUAACUAAUUGUACCUUCCUGUUGACGCAUUUGAUAAAACCUAUUAUUUUGUUGUUUUUAAAGAGUAUUAUAUCUUGUUGACCCACAGAUUUUUUAAAUAUAUUUUAAAUAACUUUGAA